AUGAUGGAAAUCUUCAUGCACGCGUUCGCAUGUUAUGAGAGUACGACAAACGAUGCACUACUCGUGUCCAAUUCCACACAGUGCUUUCACAAGGACUUUUUGCCUACAUUCAUUUUAUCAAUACCUGGCAUUCUAUAUCUGGUGUUGCAAGUCCCGAUUACCAGUCUGGUAUUCUUUCCCAUUAAUCCGAGGGGGGAUGACUUGCAUGCGAAGACUACCGGCCGUAUCGACGCAAUUUAUCAACUAUUUCGGAUUGUGCUUGUCGUUUGCAUUGAGAUUGCCGAAGACAGCCCCGCAGUUGUUUUGGCUGUUCUUGCUAUCUGUUGCUUCACGAUAUUUUACAUGACAGCGCGACAACAGCCCUUUUUCUCUAAGCACAUGAACGACCUGCGGUGCGGAAUACUUUUUGCUAGUUUUUGCUCGAGUAUUCAUACCGGUGUCGUCUAUGGGAUGGGUGGAACAGACAACGUUUCAGCUUUUGUAAUCAUCUGCGUGCUGUUAGUCCCAGAGUUUGCUUGCGGAUUUGCAAUGUCCUUCUAUGCAAGAUCCUGGAUUGCAAAUGGAGUCAUUCAGAAACUACAAGGUUGCAUUUAG